GACGGAUGCUGCAUCCGGAUAAAGUUGAAUGCAAAGCAUCUUCCAUUGCUUUACAUCAAUUUGCAGAUAUACAACAUUACUAAUGGGGCGCAGAAAGUCAAAGAGGAAGCCACCUCCUAAGAAAAAAAUGACGGGCAACCUGGACGUCCAAUUCACUUGCCCAUUCUGUAAUCAUGAGAAAUCAUGUGACGUCAAAAUGGAAAGAACCAGAAACACAGGGAUUAUAUCAUGCAGUGUCUGCUUGGAGGAGUUCCAAACUCCAAUAACUUAUCUGUCCGAACCUGUGGAUGUUUACAGUGAUUGGAUCGAUGCCUGUGAAGCAGCCAAUCAAUAGUCAUGUUGUCUUGUGAACUGUCUCCCUCUUUUCUCACUGACUCAGUUUAUCUCUUGAUGGAUGAUUGUUCCAUACAAUUAGGUCCUGUUAAGCUUUCAUUGUAGUACUAUGUUCACAAUGGACAGAGUAAUUAUAUUGUUACUGAUAGUGCAUGACAUGCUUAGUUUGACUUUGUUACAGUGUGGUAUGCUAAGUAUGACAUGUUCCCUGGCUGGGCCAGGGGAUUUUCAUGUUUGGCUGCAUCACAGUUCCUAUUUGUCAUUGUUUCCUUGUUUUUUUUCAGAUAAGAUCUUUUGCUGUUUUGGUAUAAUUUUUAUAAUUUGUUAAAGUUGAACUGUAUUCUUGAUGUUUUUAACAUUCCAUGUUAGUAUUCUUUUGUGAUUGAGGAUUAAGAAAAUAUCCAAGUCUCUUAUCUUAAGGUUAUUAGGAUGAGUUGUAUUUAGUACAGUAUGACACAAAAGUCACCUUUGUUUAAGUUUUUUAUUUUUAGUUUCUUACCCUGUCUCUAGUGCACUGAAACCGUUGGAUGACAUUUCUUGACUGCCAAAACAUUCCGAUGUUUCGUUUUUUGUACCAGUUUUAUCCGAACUGUUGUAUUUUUAGAUCACCAUCAUGCCGUUUUUUAUUACACUACUCCUAUGUACUUAACACUGACUGUUUCUUUAAGGUAAUGACCUUAAUGGGAAAAUUAAACCAGCAUCAUAUUUU